ACCCUCGCGCAGAAGUGUUUCCGAGGGCAGCCCUGACCGCGGCUCGGCUAUCCCGUCCACUCCGGCCCGCACGCAUUCCCAACUUGGGAGCCUCUGCAGGCCUGCGCACGCACGCACCCCUCCCUCCUCCUGCUCCCCCUCCUCCUCCUCCUCCUCCUCUUCCCAGCUUUGUGACAGCCUCCAGUGAUAGGAACGGCGGAGCCGGGAGAGAGAGGGAGAGACCCAGAGAAAGAGGGAGGAGGGGAAAGGGAGAGAGAGAGAGAGAGAGAAAGGGAAGGCAAAGGAGAGAGGAGAGGGAAGGAGCGCAUCGGAGGGGGGCUGCAGCAGCCCCAGCCAUCGUCCUCCUCCUCCUUUUCCUCCUCCUCCUGCUACUGCCGCUACCACCUCCGGGCCUGGCUCCGGCCUCGGAUGCCCGGGUGAGCUGCCCGGAGGAGCCUACGGGCCGGGGCCGGGGUCGGGGAGGACCGCGAGCAGCGACGCUCCCCGCUUGGCUCCCCGCGGAGUGGCCGCAAGUUUGCAAGUUGGGCUAGUUCAGGGCUGGGGGAGGGGGUGGGCUGCGCGCGCCGCCUAGGAGGGGAGGGGGAGCCCCCGGCCCCGGCUCCUCUAGCCCGAGAUCCCCAGCCCCCGGCCCAGAUCCCCCGACUCUCCGGCCAUGGAGGACGGCGGCGGGGGCCCCGAGGCGGCGUCCGUGCUGGAGAAGAACGUGGCCGAGCUGACCGUGAUGGACGUGUACGACAUCGCCUCGCUGGUGGGCCACGAGUUCGAGCGGGUCAUUGAUCAGCACGGCUGCGAGGCCAUCGGGCGCCUCAUGCCCAAGGUGGUUCGGGUGCUGGAGAUCCUCGAGGUGCUGGUGAGCCGACACCACGUCAGCCCGGAGCUGGACGAGCUGCGCCUGGAGCUGGACCGGCUCCGCCUCGAGAGGAUGGACCGGAUCGAGAAGGAGAGAAAGCAUCAAAAGGAGCUAGAGCUUGUGGAGGACGUCUGGCGAGGGGAAGCCCAAGACCUUCUCACGCAGAUCGCCCAGUUGCAGGAGGAGAACAAGCAGCUGAUGACCAACCUGUCCCAUAAGGAUGUUAGUUUCACUGAAGAGGACUUCCAGAAGCAGGAAGGUAUGUCUGAGCGGGAGCGGCAAGUGAUGAAGAAGCUGAAGGAGGUGGUGGACAAGCAGAGGGAUGAGAUCCGAGCCAAGGACCGAGAGCUCGGCCUGAAGAACGAGGAUGUGGAAGCGCUGCAGCAGCAGCAGAGCCGACUGAUGAAGAUCAACCAUGAUCUGCGGCACCGCAUCACCGUGGUGGAGGCUCAGGGCAAGGCCCUGAUCGAGCAGAAGGUGGAGCUGGAGGCCUACCUGCAGACCAAGGAGCAGGAGAUGGGCAGCAUGCGGGCUGAGAUCGGCAAGCUCCGGGAGAAGCUGAAGGGGGAACCCAGCCAGAACGGAGAGGAGGAGAGCGAGACGGAGGUGGGGGGUGAGGAGUACAUCCCAGAGUCAGAGAAAGCAGCGAUGGAGAAGGACCCGAACCGCCCCCGCUUCACGCUGCAGGAGCUUCGAGACGUGCUGCAUGAGAGGAACGAGCUGAAAUCCAAGGUGUUCUUCUUGCAAGAAGAGCUUGCUUACUAUAAGAGCGAGGAAGAUGAAGAAGAGAGUCGAACACCCCAUCCCACCCCCAUCAUCCACUCCAAAACAUCGCCCCAGCCUGAGUCUGGGAUCAAGAGACUUCAAGAAGGGCCUUUAAGCCACGGGUUUAGUUUCUUCUCUCGAGACAAAAAGCGCCUGGCCAGCACGCAGAGAAACGUCCACUUCCAGGAAUCGUUUGGCCAGUGGGCAGACUCCCACAGAGACGACGGCUACACUGAACAGGGACAGGAAGCGUUGCAGCACCUGUGACUUUCACUCUGCCUGGGCUCGUGACCGGCUUGGCUACGUCUGACCCAGACGGUCAAGGACCAGACCUCACGGCCCCUGGCAGCUCAGACCUCUGCACCUCGUGGUCGUGAAUAUUUUCAGAUGUACUUUCCACCCAGGGACACUGAGACACAUGCUGUGUGCUUCGGACACCAGACCUCUAAAAACAGACUCCAGAUUCCAAAUCAUUUGUACCUGGGGGUGGGAAUCAUGGUUUAGAUUGCGUGACUGUGUGACCCUCACGUAGACAUACGUAGGUCAUGGAUUUAAUGCCCGGCUAGUCUCUGGUCUGACUUUUGCACUCACUCCGGUAACACAGGCUUCUCUAAACCAAAAACACAGUGUAUGGCACCCUGACAGUGGCCAGCACGCUGGCACUGUGUGCAGCUUGGUCUGUGGGUACUCUCUGACCCGUCAUGUUUCUGUAAUACAGAGGGGUGGGGGGUGGGGGGGAUGGGGAAGUGAUGGCGGCUCCUUAGUUCUAUUGAGGCCAUUUUCAAAGUGGCCCAGGCAGAACUCUAACAUUUGAUCAGGUUCCCCCGGGGCACCUUUUAGCACAGACUCUGGGAGCUCUGUCUCAGGGCAGCAUUCACCAGUGGACAACAGGACCCUUCAACCUCACACCUGGAGGCAGCCGUGCAAGAAGCCAGGGUAUGGCCAUUAUACCCUGGGUUUAUAGUGCCUAAAGCAUGUAGAUACUGUGUACGAGGUGAGUGUGCCUUGGGUUUUGCUGAGUUAUAUGCAGUAUUAACCAAACAAAAGACUUGCUAAAAAUGA